AUGGCCACCCUAGCUGCCUUAUGUUCUUGUGGAACUUUAUUUCUCAUGAUGAUGCUGUUUCCGCUAGAGCAUGGCUUGGAGGGGGGCCAGGAUGCUGCUGCUACUGCUACUGCUGCUGCUGCUGUGGGGGCUCUCUCUGGAGCCCCCUCUCUUCCACUCAUUCAGGUGCUUCUGGGCCAGGCCCCACCCAAGACCAGCCCCAGGGGCCGAAACAAGCAUCUAGCCAGAGGGCAGCCCCUGCGCUACAUGCUGAACUUGUAUCGGAGCGUUGCCGACAGGCAUGGUCGCCCGCGUAGGAACCGGCAGCUGGCCACCAAUACCAUUCGCCUGGUCAGGCCUUUUGCCAAGACCCGCCGGCCUGGGGCAGGUCCCUGGUUGGUCUGGAAUCUCGACUACCGCCUGGAAAUCCAGCCACAAGUGGAGCACCUGGUGAGGGCCACUCUGGUCUAUUCUAGGACUAUGUCCUUGGCUCAAGGCCAGUUCUUGUGCACAGCUGAGCUGCUGUCUAGCAAAGAUGUCCUGCUGAGGACCACCCUGAGCCUCACUUUGCCACAGGUUAGCAAGAGAAAUGCUACCACCUUUUCGGGCAAAGACAGCUGGGUGGAGAUGGAUCUUUCUACGUACCUUCAGCCGUGGGUCUGGGCUGCCCAGAACAGCCAAGUUCUCCAUGUGAGUCAUGCAUGUACCUUUGUGGGGCAGCCUUGGGGCUCCACCCCUGAUCCUGCCUGGGAGGACACAGUGUCCCUAAAUGACCCCUUCUUGUUACUUUACCUCAAUGACACAUUGAGUGGACUUUGGACCAGGCUAGGGGGCUCAGGCUCAGGGGAGGGGCCCUUUGAAGAGAAGCACCUCAAAGGGCCUGUUCAGAUGCGCAGAGCCCGCCAGGCGGGCAAUCUUGCCCUCGACCUCCCCAGCUACCUUCGAACGAACCGCGCUAAGAAGAGGGACUGUUCCCUCCACCGCUUCCGUGUCAGCUUUCAGCAGCUGGGCUGGGACCACUGGAUCAUCGCGCCACAUUCCUACCAGCCCCAGUACUGCAAGGGCAAUUGUCCCCGUGUCCUGCACUUUGGCUACCACUCCCCAAAUCAUGCCAUCAUUCAGAACUUCAUUAACGAGCUGGUAGACAAGAGUGUCCCGCCUCCCUCCUGCGUCCCUUACGAGUACAGUCCAAUCAGCAUCCUCAUGAUGGAACAGAAUGGAACCAUCCUUUACAAAGUGUACGAGGACAUGAUUGCAAAAUCCUGCACUUGUCGGUAA